CCUGAACGCUCGGUUCCACAAGGAAGCAGUGACAGGAGAUGAGGCCCGCGCUCCAGAGAACAGCCUCUUGCAGCUCGCCCAGCUGACAUCUCCACCCACGAUCCUCUUCCUGGUGGAUCCCCGAGCCAGCCCAAGGAACCCCAACCCAGGCUAGGGCACUGUCCCGAUGGACUGUGAGCAAGUAAUGAAGAACCAGACCGCAGCCGCUUCAGCUGGCUUCAUCCUCUUGGGCUUCUCCACCCACCCUGCAGCCCAGCUGGGCCUCUUCCUCCUGUCGUUACUCCUCUUCCUCCUGAUCCUGCUUGGGAACCUGACCAUCGUGCUGCUGGCCUGGACGGACUCUGUGCUCCUCUCUGCUCCCAUGUACUUCUUCCUGGGUCACUUCUCCCUGCUGGGGAUGGGCUUCACCUCUAUUACCAUCCCCAAACUGCUGACCGACAGCUUCUCCUCCUGCCACCUCAUCUCCUUUGCAGGCUGUGCCACUCAGACCUUCUUCUUCAUCGCCCUGGGCAGCACGGAGUGUGCCCUGCUGGCCGUCAUGGCUUACGACCGCUACGUGGCCGUGUGCCGCCCGUUGAGAUACCCGCAGGAGAUGCGCCCGGAAGUGUGUGCCCAGCUGGUGGCGGGGGCCUGGCUCAGCGGCUUCUUCAACUCCACUAUCCACACGGCUGCCGUCUUCCGACUGUCGUUCUGCAGCUCGCGCGAGGUCAACCAGUUCUUCUGUGACCUCCCGCCCCUGCUGCGUCUUGCCUGUGGUGACCGGGUGGCCAGCGAGGCUGUGGUGCUCACGUUUGGGGGCAUCUAUGGUCUGACCGCCUUCCUGGUCACGCUGGCCUCCUACGCCCGGGUGCUCUUCACGGUGUUUGGCAUGGGCUCGACUUCGGGUCAGUAUCGGGCUUUCUCCACCUGCAGCUCCCAUCUGGCUGUCGUGGGGCUGUUUUAUGGCUCUGCCUUCUCCACCUACCUGCGGCCCGAGUUUGCACGCCCAGCUUCCCAGACCUUGCUGCUUCCUUUCUUUUACGCUCUGGUCACACCGACUCUGAAUCCCUUCAUCUACAGCCUGAGGAACAGAGAGAUGAAGCAGGCACUGAUCAGGACCCUGGGCAGAAAGGUGUUCUGAUCUGUCUUGGUGGAAAACACUGCUUUCUCCUUUGGUCGUCUCUUGGUCCCCUUGGCCCGGGGAUAGCA